GAUACUAUUGUGAAUAAGUGUAAUAAAGAACAAGCACAUAUUUUAACAAAUGUCAACUUUAAAGUAACAAUCUGAAAAAUUGUUAUAAAGCAAUUGCAUUUUUUAUUAUACUUUCUUGCGAACGAAAAGUUGUUUAUUAUGGCUACAUCCAGCAACGAAAACGGGAAUUUGAUGGAUGAGUUCGAAGAAGCAUUUCAAUCAUGUAUCUGUGCUUUAACUAAAAUGGAACCGAAUACUGGUAUUAACAAAGAAGAAAUUGAGCUUGAGGUACAAAAAACAACAAAUAACUUUAUUGAUGUCGCUCGUCAAAUGGAGUCUUUCUUUUUGCAAAAGCGCUUUCUUGUGUCUACGUUAAAGCCAGAUAUGUUAAUUAAAGAUGAAAAUCUAGACCUUCGUCUUGAGAUACAGCGUAAGGAGAAUCUCUUAAACAAACACUACAACCGACUAGAAGAAUGGAAGUCUUGUCUAUCAGAUAUACAACAAAACCAAAGUGUGCACAAUCGGCCGGUUGGAGCUAUGGGCACUGGUGGUCAUAUGUCUGAUAUUGCUGGAAUGGGAACGAGUAGUGGUAUGGUACGUCCAACAGGUCUAGUUCAAGGUGGUAUGCCAGGUCCCUCUAGCCAAAUGCAACCUGGACCACAACAUCAUUUACAACAACAAAAAUUACAUGCACAACAAAUACAGCAACUGCGUAUGAUGGGAAAAUUACCCAAAUAAAGUUGAAUUUUGUUUCCCAUCUAUACAUAGUUAUUUAAGCUGAACAAAAUGUAUAAUAAAAUAGUACAAUAUCAAAUAUUACGAUUUGAGUUGUGAUUGAUGAAUAAUAAUAAAUCUAUACAAUUUAGUGUCAAACAUUUAUUUUGAUU